UGACUUAUCAUGGAUACUCUGAUGGGUAUAGAUCAAGCUGAAAUGAAAUUGAUAAAUGACACUGGAUUGCCUGUUUGUGGGACUGAUUCAAGCCUUCCUUUGGAGGGACCAGGAGCUCAACCCUAUCAGAGUUCAGGUUGUAAUAGGUCUGCUGUUGAACUGGACCAAAGUCCACCUUUGCUGGUUGAUGCAUGGCUGGUUCCUCUCUUUUUUGCCCUCAUCAUGUUAGUGGGGCUGGUGGGAAACUCUUUGGUUAUUCAUGUGAUUACCAAACACAGGCAGAUGAGGACCGUCACUAACUUUUACAUAGCAAACUUAGCCACCACGGACAUAAUUUUCCUUGUCUGCUGUGUGCCUUUCACUGCCACACUCUAUCCUCUGCCUAGCUGGGUCUUUGGAGACUUCAUGUGCAGAAUCGUCAACUACCUGCAACAGGUGACAGCACAAGCAACCUGCAUCACCCUAACAGCCAUGAGCGUGGACCGCUGCUAUGCCACUGUCUACCCACUACAGUCACUGCGGCAUCGUACUCCCAGAGUGGCUAUGGCAGUCAGCGUUGGCAUCUGGAUAGGUUCCUUUGUUCUGUCUGUUCCUGUUGCUGCAUAUCAGACGCUAGACACAGGAUACUGGUAUGGACCUCAGACAUACUGCAUCGAGGCGUUCCCUUCAGUGUACCACCAGAAGACGUUCAUUCUCUACACCUUUUUGAUUGUGUAUCUUCUGCCACUUGUUACAAUUUGUGUUUGCUAUGCAUUCAUGCUGAAAAGAAUGAGCAGACCAGUGGUUGAACCAUCAGAUAACAACUACCAGGUCCAGCUUUUAGCAGAAAGAUCUGAGGCUAUACGCACCAAGAUUUCCAAGAUGGUGGUGGUGAUUGUCGUGCUCUUUACAAUCUGCUGGGGUCCCAUUCAAUUCUUCAUCCUCUUUCAGGCUUUCGACUCCAACUUUCAGAAGAAUUAUGAGACGUACAAGAUCAAAAUUUGGGCCCACUGCAUGUCCUACUCCAACUCAUCUGUCAACCCCAUUGUGUAUGCUUUCAUGGGGGCCAACUUCAGAAAGUCUUUUAAAAAGGCAUUUCCUUUUAUCUUCAAACAGAGAGUUGGCACCACAGGGGGAGCUGUUGUGAACACUGAAAUGCACCUUGUUUCAUCUGGAACAUAAACACAAGGCCUGAUGGAGGUUUUAUAAAUUUAGCAACAACAAAAGAAAAAUCUUUGCAUCUAAAGAUUACCUCCUCCACUCACCGUAAAUGUAUAUUGAGAAUGCAAAGAGCUACAGCUAAUCUCAAAAGAGUAGAGCAUUGAUUUGAUUCAUUAUGUUGUAACUCAUUUUAGACAUUAAUGUAAAGUUAGUUUUUUGAUCGAUAUAGUCCCUACGAAGUCUAAAUAAUAUCACUCCUUGGUUGGUAAUAUUUGUUCACUGUGAUGGAUAAACAUGCUUUUUAUUAAGUAUAGUUGGGUGGUUACAUUUGAUAUAUACAAAUGUUCAAAAUGUUUAGAACCAAAAUGAAUACAUGAUGGGAAACACUGAUAACCCUUGUUUUGUACUGGGUUGUGCUGUAAAAAUAUUGUUAAAUAUUCAUUUAAAGUACUCUUUUUAAAUGUUUGUUAGUUAAAACUGAUUUAAUUUCCUUAUCUUUAAUAACAUAGCGAUCUCGGUUAACGCAGGCAGGCGCAUCACACAGGGCGAGGCAAUCCACACACAGUCGGAGGGCGGUGGCGAACCCAGGACCUCUCGCACUAAAGCAUAGCACCAAUACCGCUGUAUCGGGUCCUUUGCAAGCAGCGUAUAUCAGGCUUAUGUCUUUGUGUGUAUGUCACCUACCAGCCCUGCUGCUGCCUUCCCCCGUGCACGCUACACUAUGAUCAAACAUGUAACUGGAAGCUAAUAACAAUAGAACCGGUAUUUAUAGUAGUAAAAUAAACAGAAUUUUAUUGUAAAUUAUAUUAUUAGAAAGGAUGACAAUACAAUGACAUAAUAACAUAAUCCUACUUUAUUAAUGUGAUCAGGAUUUGACAAGUGCUGUUUGAAAUGAAUUAUUGUUAAACUGCAAUAUUGAUACACAAUUACAGCAAUGAGGGUAAUGCAAUCCUCUCAGUUAAUGAGCUAUAUAAAAACAAUCCGAUACUUUAAUAACCAUGCAAUAAAACUGUGAACAGAAUAAAUCUAUAGAAGACCUAAACCAUGGAUCUGUGUUCUCUUUCUUAGAUUUUAAAUUCAAGUCCACAUUGAUCUAAACAGCUAUUUGUGAGUACAGUAUAUGGAUUGGUUUCCAAUUGAUACUACAUGCUGUUUAAGAGGACUUGACUGUAGCAUGUCAACUGUGUGAUAAAUGAAACUAAUUGCAUGAUAGUGAAGCACUGUACCAAUCUGUCAUAUGCUUUAUUCAUACAGUACAAUGAUGUAGUUUCAUACAGAGGGGUCAAAUGGUCUACAGGUCUGGUGAUAUCUACUGCUUAUAUAUUGUGAUUGUUAACUAUUUAUACAGUAUAUUUAUAUUUACUCAGUAUUACAUUUCAGUAUAAAGUACAUGUAGAUGUGUUUACAUUCAGGAGUAGAAAAAGACAGGAUGUGAGGUUUUAAAAGAUGCUAGUUGCUGCUGGUAAUCUGUUUUAGGGAUUUUUAGAUUGGUUUAUAGUUGUAAUGAUUAUGUAUCUAUAGCCUGUGAUAUAAUACAUACAACUAUUGUCUAUUCUUAAUCAAUUGGUGUUGUCUCCACCCCAAAUGGAUGAGAUGUGAAAAUCUCUCUAAUCCAAUUAAUUGAAAACGAUUAAAUAAUCCAUAUGAGUAGGUCAAUAAUGAGCAGGGAUGCUAGGAAUAUGUUUAAUGGAUUUUCUGGUCAGAUAAUUUAAGUAACAAAAAAACCCUGUUUAAUACAGUCUUCAACACCAGUGAAUACCGUUAACAUAAACAUACAACUGGUUCAGGUAUACAGAAGUUCAUAAACCAGUGUGUAAUUGUAUCAAUAAAUACACACAACUAGUUCAUAUCUAUUUAAACGUAUUGCUUGGCUAUCUAUAUUGUCGCUGGGGACAUUUUAGCAUUUUAUUUGAAUCAAUAUCAAAGGAAUUUAUUUUCAGUAUUAUUACGUAUCUUACUAUUGAGUGUUUCAUACUGUAUUUUUUAUGGAUGAUUUUCUGAGACUUUCUUACAGUAAAUCAUAGUUCGACUAGCCAAUUGGAUCAAUUUUAAGGUCAGCUAUAAGCAAGGGAUAUGAAUCUUCAUGUACAUAUUUCUUAGACUAUACUUUAGUAAGAACAAAGUCUAUUCAACUAUGUGUUUAUCGUCUUGUGCUUUUUUAUGAAUUAUGUAUGUUUUAGCAAACAAUACCAGGAAUUGUGUUUUAUCAUGCAACAACAUUGACCUCUGUAGACGUUGGUUUUUAAUGAAUAGAUAAUUACGUAUUUUAAAAGUUUCUUAAACCCACUUGUCACUAACAAUGUAACCUUUAUUUAAAACCAAAAAAUAAUGAGACAGAAAAGCAUAACCUUUUAAAAAGUUCUGGUAUAUCCCUCAAAAUAGGAAACUAGAGAGUAUACAGAGUAAACCGUCUCCCUCUCUAGCAUAAAAUACCUCCACCUGAAACAUUCAAUGAAGUCAGUGCCACAGAGUGCAAGCAAAGUUGUUCAUCUCUGUAUUCAUUAAAAGACUGACAGGCACAAGCUGCUUUAUGGAAACAUAUACAGUUUCUGCUUUCACAAUUUCUUUCUACAGAUUGGAUGUGUCUAAACACUGUAAUAUAUUAGAAGUAACUAUACGGGGAGUUUUUAUAAAAAGGUUUUAAAUAAUAUGAAUAGGUUAUGUUUUGAUGUUUUCAUACAAAUCACCUGGAAAACACACUUGUAGUGCCUUAAAAACAAACAGUUAAAAAAAUAAUACUUUGUAAGAUAUUGAUUAUUGCUUUUGUGCUACUGGGGUGUUUUAAUAAAACAUUUGUGGUUGAGUCUGUUUCUUGUUUUGCUUUAUUUUCAAAGAAAUACAAUAGCCGAUGCAACCGUUCAUUUGUGUCAUCAAAA